CUUCUACUUCGUGAGCAGCUGAAACCCUAAACCGUAGACAUGACGCUGCUGGAAGAAAUUACACGGGCGGUAGCGGCGGCGGAGGCUAACGACGGCGGAAACCCUCCUCCGCCCUCAAAGUAUCCCAUCGUUCUCAACACCGACGAGAUCUUCUCGCAGUUGAAGCCUGAUGCCGAGGCCCCCGGCGGCGUCUCCCUCAAACACGUCUCCGGGUGGAAGAUCUCGGAGACUGACGCUGCUAUCAUCGAAUUAUCCUCCCGUUUGGUCGAAAAACUCAGGAGCAAGUUCCGACGCCCUAAGUCCUUGGGUAAAGGUGACUUCUUUGGGAUUUUGAACUUGUUUUUGCGGAAGAGCGCCGAAAAGGUCGGCCUUUCGAUCGGUUCCGACGCCGGAGACGCGUCGGGCAUCGAGUUCGCGCGUGCAGGGAUCGAGAAGUUGGGAUUUCUGAUAGGUCGAGAGGUUGCUGGGCUGAUUGCCGAGUGCUGUGUUGUUCUCGAGGUAUGGGAAUUGCUGGAGACCUUGCUUCUCGAGGGGCUGGUGGGGCAUCUCAACUCCACGAAUCUGACGGAGAAGCUUGUGGAGAAAAAUCAAACUCAGUUGCUCUGUCUCUUGGUCGAGCAUGUCUCAGAUCUCCGGUCCGCGGAGCUUCUCUCUGUUCUUAAGCAUUUCUUAUCACCAACUGAUGAUUCUUAUGAUGGUAUGGUUGCGGUGAAGAAGCAAUGGGAAAACCAAGCUAUUUUAGCCAUUGAGAAAGCUACUCAAAUGGGGCUGCCAAAGAAAGCAUCGAAGCUAGCUAGAGAGGCUUCAAUCUUACUAAUGAUGGCUUAUGAUGGUUUCUCACCAUCACAAGUGUGCUUGCAUUAUGUGUUUGGAUCAUCGAACGCAGAAGGACUUGUUCUAUCUUCCGUGAUUUCGAGACUAGAUGGACAGGAAGUAUUGGAUCUGAUUCGGUACUUCGUGAAGUGGUUAGAGAAGUACCAAAGGUUCCCGGAAGCACGCCCCUGUCCGUCUGCUGGGUCAGUGCUGGGAUUGAGAACCUGUGAGAGUGUUCCUUCAUUUGAAUCCAUCAUCAAAGCAUUGGGCUUGGUGUUAGAUGAGCAUUUCUCAUACCUGGUUUUCAAUUCUGAGUUCCAUGAUGAGAUGAGAGCUGCUGAAGAUAUUGUUAGUUCUCUGGUGCUGGAGGCAAACUUAUCUUGUCCUUUAGAGAACAUAAUCAAGUACCUACAGUCAGAAAUCAGAAAAAACAGAGAUUUAUAGGGUGAGCUUUUCUGAGUUAUUAGGAGUGAGAGAUUACUGAUAUCCAUGUUUAUGUCUGUUUCUUAGAUGCAAAUGUUUUUGUCUGGGUUCUUAUUGCACUUCUGAUAUCAUUGUUUAUGCUCAUAUUCUCUUGUGCUUUGUCUGAAAUACUUAUAGCUGUGACCUUUGUUGUUGCUUAUUCA